AAUCAUGCCAAAUGUGACAAGAUACACGGCCAACGGUGAAGUGCUCCCCCAAUGAUUGAUAACCGUUACAAUUCCACCGCCCCUUCGAUCAGAUCUGCGAAGUCCUUUUGUGCUUGGCUACCGAAGAAGCGCCCAAGUAACCUUUAGUAGCUUCCAUACGAACGCCACGACGACCUCACUCUACCGAGGGAGUGAUUCUACGACUGAUCCUUGCUCGUUCCCUCCAAGCACCAAGCGAAGACCACUGACUCCUGUCCAGAAACCAGCUACGCUUGAUUCGCAGCUACUAUCGAGUCACGAUACAAUACUUGGCUUCUCUACCACACUAUGGAUACCCCACGUAAUGUUGAAAUACCGUUGAUCACAAGGAUCACUUACGCCACAGACGAAGUCUGGGACUGCCACCGUUCUAUCAUUACCAAACUCUACCAGGACGAUAAAAGGCCGUUGAAGCAGGUCAAGCAGAUUAUGGAGCGUGAUUACAGCCUCAAUGCCACUGAGAGAAUGUACAAGACUCGACUUCGUAGUUGGGGGCUCGAGAAGAAGCUCAAGGAGUCCGAAGUUUUGUACAUGGCCCAGCUUAAAAGAGAGCGCGAAGCCAUGGGGAAGAAAACGGACUUCUACAUUCGAAACCAGCAAGUCUAUUGGGAAAGAGUAGCGCGCUACUUGGAGAGACGUCCCGAUUUGCGCUACAAGCUUCGUAAUUACGCUCAGACUCCCGCUAAUGCAGGCCUUGACAUAAUCUGCCGGACACCCUCGCCAUCUCUUGAACUUCCCGCUUUCAUAGGAGGACCCCUCGAGCUACGGCUACCCGAAGAAAUGCUACGAAUCUUCAAGGGCUAUUUUGAAGGGGGUCUGGAAGGCGGGUGGGCAAUAGAGGAGGACAUGAUACAUGGAUUCGACGAUGAAGUCGGUCAGUUGCGAGUCAUUGAGAUGCGCACCGAUCUGGAUAAUGCGAUUACCUUAUUGUGGACGAACAAGUUGGAGGCCGCUUUUCGCGCCUUGAACAAUAGCCUCGAUUCGCUCGGUCAUUCCAUAAAAGAGCAAGAUCCACUCCUCUUUUACAUCUUGUCCUACCGCACCAUGCAACUUGGGCCUGAGAUAUCCGACCCUGUAGUUGCUUUCAUCCAUAAAAUGCACGAGACGAUAUUGGGUCCUCAACACCCCCUUGCUCUUGUUUGGGGCAGGUUCAGGUGCCUGUCACUUGAAGUCCGUGCUACGACUCUCAGCAUGAUGGCUGGCAGUAGCGUUCAGCUUCUCAAAGGACAACAGGGGAUCCUGAACAGAGUGGUAGCACUAGCUCUGGGCUCGACGUCAAAUGUUCUCGACAAACCGGGUGAGACAGACGUAAGCCAGUUCGGUGAGCUCCUGUCCAAGUACACAGCAGCCAGCGAAGCACACUUUGCAGAGGGAAAUUACCAAAGCUCAUGCGAAUGCCUCUCGGUUGUAGCCGGGAUCUAUUCCUGGGGACAAGAGUAUAAACUGGCAAAGGAAGCACUGGCACGUACUUACUCUCUAAUUCAGGAGAACAAAGGAAAUCAUGAGAGGCCAUGGCUUCUCUUGGAGCUCUCUCACUACGAAGUCAUGGCUCGGCUAUGCUAUCAGACUGGUUCAGUUGACGAGGCUGUCGCGUAUGGGUGCAAGGCAUAUGAGCAUGCAGCAGAGCAUUUUCAGAGACAAGACAAGCACCAAUCACUAAGAGCCAUCCGAAACCUCAUCGACCUCUAUCGUUCAGCUGGCCAAGCAGAUGAAGCUGAGCGAUGGUGCGACAUACUGAUUGCAAACAUGUCAAGAAAGUCGUAAACCUACAGCAAAGGCACAGUAAUCCAGGUCUCUUAACAAAAUUCCUAUUUUUCAAUCAUAUUUCAGACUCAUGGGUCACUUCUAAUCUACAAUAAGCAAUCCCCUUGGGCUAUGUCUAGCAGUCCGUGACGUUGUAGCCAGCAGCCAGAACCAACUUAUCAAAAUCGGCAGUGACAUCCACGAAGGGGAAGGUAGAACGAUUACCAGCGACAUCAAAUUCGUUGAGAUCGUGGAAGUACUCG